AUGGCAUCGUCCUCUGCAGCUGCGGCGUCGCUGCUGGGUCGGCAGCUCAAGGAGAUGCAAACGGGAAAGGACAUUCCCGGUAUCUCGUGCGGUCUGGUCAAUGACAACAGCAUCUUUGAGUGGGAGGUGAUGCUCAUGAUCAGCGACGACUGCAAGUAUUAUGGAGGAGGCAACUUCCGCGCCAGACUCACCUUCCCGGCAAACUACCCCCUUAUGCCGCCCUCUCUCACCUUCCAGACGCCCAUCCCCUUCCACCCAAACAUCUACCCGGACGGCCGGCUCUGCAUCUCCAUCCUUCACCCGCCCGAGGAGGACCAGUACGGCUACGAGGCGGCCUCGGAGCGGUGGAGCCCCGUUCAGAGCCCUGAGACGAUUCUGCUGAGCACCAUCAGCCUCUUCCACGGACCUAACGACGAGUCGCCCGCCAACGUCGAGGCCGCACGCAUGUUUCGCGAGGAGCGCGAGGGCAAGAAUAAGGACUUUCGGAGACGGUGUCGGGCUUGUGUUAGAGAGAGCUUGGGGGAGGAUUGA